CCACCAACACCGGCACCAACACCGGCACCAACACCAGCACCGCCAACAACACCACCACCAACACCGGCACCAACACCGGCACCGCCAACACCACCACCACCAACACCGGCACCAACACCGGCACCGCCAACACCACCACCACCAACACCGGCACCAACACCGGCACUGCCAACAACACCAACACCACCAACACUGGCACCGACACCAACACCAACAACACCGACACCGGCACCAUCACCAACACCGGCACCAGCAACACCAAGACUGACGCCGACACUGUCACCAACACCCGUGUCACUGUCACCUGUAUCCCCAUCACUGCCACCUGCGUCGCCGUCACCCGUGUCACCAUCACGGUGUCGCCUGGAUCCCUGUCACGGUGUCACCGUCACCAGUGUCACCUGGAUCCACGUCACUGUCACCCGUCAUCAGUGUCACCUGGAUCCCUGUCACCACCACCCCUGUCACCGUCACUGUGUCACCCGGAUCCCUGUCACCAUCACCCAUGUCACCAUCACGGUGUCACCUGGAUCCUUGUCACCGUCACCAGUGUCACCUGGAUCCCUGUCACCACCACCCAUGUCACCGUCACGGUGUCACCUGGAUCCAUGUCACCAUCAUGGUGUCACCUGGAUCCCUGACACUGUCACCUGUGUCACCAUCACCGUGUCACCGUCAUCAGUGUCACCUGGAUCCAUGUCACUGUCACCGUGUCACCAUCACGGUGUCACCUGGAUCCUUGUCACCGUCACCGUGUCACCUGGAUCCCUGUCACCGCCACCCAUGUCACCGUCACAGUGUCACCUGUGUCCCUGUCACUGUCACCCGUGUCACCAUCACGGUGUCACCUGGAUCCCUGACACUGUCACCUGUGUCACCAUCACCGUGUCACCAUCAUGGUGUCACCUGGAUCCCUGUCACCGUCACCUGUGUCACCAUCAUCGUGUCACCUGGAUCCCUGUCACCAUCACCUGUCACUGCCACCCAUUGUCACCGUCCCCAUGGAAAUAAAGAUCCCCGCUGAUCCGGGGCGCUAUGG